AUGGUUGGCACCCACCGAGUCGGAGCUGCGGCAGCUCUUGUGUUAUCCUUGGCAAGCAGCGUCGCUGCAGUGCCUGAUGCUGCCCAAGGGCUCGAAGAAAAUGAGGUCUCCCAGCGAGACUUGGGCGAGUCUGUUGCUGGCCCUGAUAUCGACUACAAACUUGACGACCGUAACGACGUCGACGAACUGGCCGAGGGGCAAUUCGAGCUCUAUGUUCGUGAUCAUCUUCUCGCGCCGCGUGCCAAUGCUGACGGCACUUUCCCAUUCAAUGGCCCUGGACGACGUGCUCGUCCUCGACGAGGCCGCGGCGCCUUACUAGGCAAUGGCUUCGCAGCACGAGGCCGCGGAAACGGCUUUGGGGGAUUUGGAGGCUUCGGCAAAGCUGGCCCCCCCGAGGCUGACGACCAUCUCAAGGCUGACGGCCAGGUCAAGGAUGAUGGGCCCCUCGAAGCUGGCGGACCACCCCGGCCUCAGGGCCAAUAG